CAUACAGAGAAGAGAAGCGUAUCGGUUCUGUUUUGAUUGCUCCCAUCCAAAGCUUUCUCCUUUUUGGGGUUCCUCAAUUGGAUUUGGAAAAAAACCCUAACUUUGACAUGGAAGAAGAGAUUCAAGACUGGGAGGUACUGCAGAGUUUGAGAUCUACCACGGAGGAUGAUAAUUCGAAGAGCUUGGAGGACAUUGAAGUUGCCACUCAAGGUAUGAUUAGGUUUGAUUACUUCUCUCUUGAGAACAAGAGUGUUGUGUCUCGUGUGGAAGGGGAAGAAGAUGAAGAAGGGUCUGUUCAAUCGGGUAGUCCUGGUUGGAUCGAACCAUCCUCUGAUGCUCCGUAUGGUCCGAAGCAUUUUAGUGAGUUAUGGUCUGAUUCGAGUAGUGAUCGGCUUGAGGAUCAAAGGUCAGUUGAUGAUGAGAGAAGCGAAGUGGGUAUUGUUGAAUAUGUAAAAGGAAGGUUUGAUACAGAGGAGUAUAGUGAAAGUAUAGCUCAGGACAUGGAUUUGAUGAGCUCUGGUGAGGUAAAGGAUGAAACUUUACUUUCAGGUGAAAUAGUUAGUGGGAAUGAUCUGGUGGAAGGAGAAGGGAACUCUGUUUCUGUUGAUCCAUCUGUUAAAUCUGGUGGUGGUGGUGGGGGAGAGGAGAAGGGUUUUGUGUGGUGGAAGAUUCCAAUAGAAGUGUUGAAGUAUUGUGUUUUUAAAGUUAAUCCUAUUUGGUCUUUCUCCAUGGCCGCAGCAUUUGUGGGUUUUGUUAUGUUAGGGCGUAGAUUGUACAAUAUGAAGAAGAAGAGUCGUACUCUGCAGCUUAAGGUUCUAUUGGAUGAUAAGAAGGUGGCGAAUCAUGCUGCUCGGUGGAACGAAGCAAUCUCAGUAGCGAAACGUGUGCCCAUAAUCCGGCCAGCACUCCCAUCUUCAGUGGGUAUGAUGAACCAGUGGUCCAUGAUGAGUUUAAGGUGAAAGAUAAGUGAAAUUGAGGGCAUAAUAAUGAAUAUAUGUGAGAUAAAUGAUUGAUGAAUGGUUUGGCCGCAUGUAUCAUAUGAUUGUAUUUAAAAAAGUACGACAGUCUCAAAAAAUGUUACUCAAAACAUACAAAUUAUGCGUGUAAGUAAGUUUACACUAUGUAUCAAUGUGUUUGUAUAUAUAUUGUUGCUUGCUUGUUGGAAUACAAAUUA